GGCUUCGGCGGCCAAUCAUGGAGGCGUAAAAGCCGCACAUCCAAAUGUUCCAAUAGUGGCGCAUCUAUGGAAACAGUACCAACAGUACAUGUUCUGGGGACUCUGAGGGGGGGUUGUUGGAAUGGUACCACUUCCAUGGUCCAUGUUUUUUGGAGUGCACUGGUGAAUGGUGGUGACUUCAUGGUGCAAUUGUAAAAAAACAGACCUGCGAGUCUGGGGUGUUGGCUUGAUGGUUCCACUUCCUUGUGAUGUUUGCCCUUUAGCUGCCUAUUCUCCAAAUAUUAUGGUUGCAAUGUUAUAUCUACCAUUGUGCAGCGAACACAGCCACCAAUGGAAUCAAGAAACGUUUGGCAGGCUAAGAAAGGGCAUGCAUGAUUCACCAGUACCGACACCCCACGAGAGGUUAAGGCACAACGACCGAGCACCCGAAAGCGGUUCCCGCGAGCGCCACCGCCAAGCCGACUGAGUGUGACGGCUGAGGAGCGGAAAUGCCUUUGAGCCCAACAUCAAUGACGACUUAGUCUUCACCAAGGGAACCAUCACCCGAGAUAAGCGACUGGACUUGUGCAAACAAGUCAUCGGUCCUCAAGGUGUGGAUGAUUUGCUUCAAUCGAUUUCGGCCAAUCAGAACGCGGGCCUGGUGAAGCACUUGCUUCUGGGGAACAACGUGUGUGGCGAUGACUUGCCCAAGCGCAUCGCUGAGCUGUUGCGAAACCGCCAGGUGGCGCUGCGCACCUGGUACAUCGCAGGGAAUCGCAUCACGUCCGAGGGCUUGGCGCCCCUCUGUGAGGUGCUCGCAGACGACACCUUGGUGGAGCAGCUCUGGUUGAAGCGCAACCCUCUCCACGCUUCUGGUGCAGGUUUGCUGUCAUCCAUGCUCCGAACGAAUCGCUCACUCAAAGUGCUGGACCUGGUGAAUUGCGGCCUGAUGGACCAAGGGGUAGAGCAGUUGCUCCCGGGUCUCGCGGAGUCCAGCCUGCAGCACUUAUACCUCGACGGAAACGGCCUCACGGCGGCCGUGGCCAAGGAGGUCACAUUGGCAGGUAAGAACCUUUUCACGUUGUCCUUGGGCAUGAAUCGGCUCUUUGAUGAAGGUGCGCAGGCGGUGUGCGAACAUUUGAGCCCUUCAGUACAACGUUUGUGCAUGGCCUCUUGUGGCAUGGGCAUCUCUGGUGCUUCAGCCGUGGCCAAGCUCCUCACAGGCAACCGCACCUUGCGCUUCUUGGAUUUGGGGCUCUUGAAGGCCACCAGCGCAUUGGGGGAGGUCCCCAAUCGCAUCACGGAUGAAGGCGCGACCCUCAUCGGCAAGUCCUUAGAGGUCAACUCCACCUUGAAUGCUCUCCUGCUGGUGCACAACACCAUCCACCAAGCUGGACUGAAAGCCAUUCAGACCUCGAUCAGCCAGAACUCCUCCAUGGUUAAGUUGGAAUUGGAACAGCUGGGCAUCGCCUACAACGAGCUCACACGGGAGGAGAUCCGGCACACGCUGAACAAGAACCGCCGGAAGCUUCAGGAGGACCCUGAGGAGUGGGCACGUGUUGAAGAGGCACUGGACCCAGUUCACUUGGAGGAGAUCAAGUCAGUGUACCGAAUGGGCAACACCUACUCGCCACAUGGUGAGGACGACUUGUGAACGUCAACCCACGGCCCACGGCGCUUGGUAAACUAAGACCGAGGGCCAGGGCUGGAUGCACAUCAGCGGUGUGGCGGUUGCUGAUGGCUUAAAGCCCUUAUCCUCCCGCAAACUAACAUGGAACCUGAGAAUUGACCGGUGGUUUCGACCAUUUUCCUCAGUGGUUUUGGUGUUCCAUGUGGUCCUCUGCAAGGAAGUCGUUUUUUAUCAACAGUGCCGGUCAUAGGUAGACUGAGACGGUCCCGCAAGCGGGCCCUAGGUUUGAUUCUGAACGGGCCGCUGCCCCUUGCGGUG